CUCUAACCCUAUAUAUACAGUACAAAGCACUAAGAACUUGUUCUUUUUCUUUCUUGUACAAGCUAAUACCCAAAAAGGCCAUGGGGCAAGGAGAGGAGGUGAAAACAAGGCCAGACCCUAAAGUGGAGAUCCAAGAGAGAGGGGAUAUAUUUUUCUUCUACAGGCCCAAAAUUGGAAAGAUGGAAGCUCAUGGCGCUGAUGAUGUGCAGAAGAUGUACAUAGUCCUUCGACCAGAGUCUGGUGAAAGACCACUUGAAGAGAAACAGUCUCCAGAUUCAGGAAAGGAAGGUAAGACAAGAUCAAAAGAAAAUAAAGAAAAUGAUAAUGGGGAUGCUGACAAAGAAAAACCUGAAGGUGGCCAUGGUGCUGAGGAGGUGAACAUUGAGAAGCAAAUGCUGCUUAGGUUUAUUGUAAUGGGAAGGAAAAGCCUUCCAGAUCCAAGCCAGAGGAGUAGACCUUAUUGGGGAUUUGUAGAGAUGGUCACUACAAAAACUGAAGAUAUAAAGACUGCUCUUAAAGGAGAAGAGUAUGAUACAUCGACCCGUGGCCACCGCCAACAAGCACCGGCAAGUGCUCUUGCAGAGGGAGUCUACCGCAUUCUAAGGCAUCAAUUUGGUCGACAAACUCACACUCACCUCAUUUACAAGCUGGAGUUUCCAACUGAAGACAAGCAUAAUGAACCACAGGAGGAGCUCAACAUAGAACAUGAAGGCUCCUUCAUUAUCCAGAUAAGGAAUCCAGAAGAGUCUGGCCACAGCAGUGGCUUUGGUGGACUUCAGAGCAAGCGGCGUGCGGCAUUUCCAGCAAGCCUCCAAGGUUGUCUCGGGAAGCGUCGGUUUGCAGCAGCAGAUCCUCCUGACUUUCUCAACUAUGAGGGAUGUGAGUUUCUGCUGAUUUCGGCUUCUGAUGAUAUUGACAGGGAGUUGGGGUUGGAUCUGAAAACAGAAUCUGAGGGUGAGGAGGAAACUGCUGAGUCCUGUUCUGACUUGAUAAAGUUGUUUGGAGAUUCUGCUUCUUCAAAACCUCUGUUCAGUGGGACUUGGGUUUGAAAACUGUAGUCUUUUGAACUUAAUGAGCUAAUGAUAUAUGCUAAAUCGAGCAAAAUUUUUGCCCACUUGAAUGAUUGAUGUGGAAUAUUAGGUAUGGUAUAAAUUAUGGAAG